AUGCAGUCUGAAGUUGAAGCAAGUAUUCACGAAAGCAGCCCGGUGGACAACAAUGGAUCCCAGAUUUUCUCUCAGGUACCAGCCAGCCAGCAUGACCUAUUGGAAGGCAACUCCAAGGCCAAAUCCUUCUUGCAAACUGGAUCCUCGCUACUCCGUCGCCUGAACCCCUUUUCAGCUACUUCAGUCAAUGGGAUAUCAUCGUCAAAUCAACCCCCGGAUAGUCCGAAAGGAUUAACGGCGCCUGGGAAGACAAUACAGGAAAUCUUCGAUCAUACGACCUCGAAGAGCGCGCGUCGAGCUUCAAUUGAGUCGCAGACCGGAAAUGACACUAUUGGCGAUAUCCCUCGUAUCAACCCUCCAGACCUGAACUCUGAAGAGUUGGAGACUUUUCCCAGAAGAAAACAACAGAAAGAUGUUCCUUCAAAGAAAGUUGGUCAACCCGCAGAGCUUGUAUCCGAAAGUAAUGCCGCCGAUGAAAUUGAGAAUCACACAGCCAGUAGAUCUUCUCCACGGAAGCGUCGGCGUCGAAGCCCGAGCAAUGCACCAGUAUCCGAUCUCAGCGAAAAUGUGGUCGAACAGUCGACUGAUGGCCACCCAUCUCCGAAAAGGCAGAAGACACAUACUUCCCAGGACGACCCCACUGAACCAUCUCAUGCUGAGCCUUCAACGGCCAAUACGACAGAGGUUACUAAUCAGAAAGAUGAGAGUCGUAAUGCUCCUAUUGAUCCUUCCCCUGCUACCAAAUCAAGCCGAGUUAAUCCAUGGAAAUGGCGGGGCGAUAUUCCGCCACAUGAGAUCCAUAUUGAAAAAGAGCAAAAGGAACUCCUUGAGAGCCACAAAAUACGCUGGAUUCCAUCUGCAGUUGGCGACCUUCCUGUCCAAGGACAUGUACCACCCUCGCUUCUGAGGCAGUGGAAUAGAAUUGUUGAGCGAAGAAACCAAUCAGUUGAAAAGGACAACGCAAGCCCAGUGCGGUCCGUGACUCCUCGUCGAGACUCUUCCUCGUCGUCCGAAUCGGAGGAAGACAAGAUUCCCUGGUCUGCGAGUCCAUCCCCGAACGGGCGGGGACUUCGACGUCUGCCUGCGGACAGCAGUCCUUUGAAAGGAAGGACUCCGGAAAGGCGACAGCGGCCUUCGGGGGAAGUAGAAAACGAAGCAAAUCAAGUUGAAUACAACCAGCGCUCCACUAUAGCGAAUCAUACGAGCCAGCCAGAGGUCGUCGGAAACGACGCGACGCAACCCUCUCGUGAAAUAUCAGCAUCCGGCACUUCUACUAAAGUCGGGAAUGAUGAUAGUGGCAGAGUACCCGGCAUUGCUUCGACCCAGGAUGCUCGAAGUGAAUUGGGUGGUGAGAACGAAAAGGGCCCGCAGAUGGUAUCUGACAGGGUGCCUGCAGCGUCAAACCCGGCCCAACAUCCUACUGCAGAAGAGGGAAUAUCGCCUCCGGCUGCUGUAAAUGGCCCAGAAGCUUCUGCCGAACACCUUGAUGCCCAUGAUUCAGGCGACGAGAGUGAUGAUUCAAUUAUGGAUACUUCGCUCCCUAUAGCAUUAGGCGGAAGCUUUCCAGAGCCUUCACAAGAUGCACAGCAUGAGCAGGAACCUACAAGCUCGGGUCACUCACUUCCAUCAGCAAACGCCGGGUGCGUGCAGGUUUCCGAAACCCCCGCGGUAAACAAUAGCCGGUUGCCUCCCGUCCAGGCAACAAAAGAACCUGGCAACCCCAACGUCGCAGAUGAAACAUCGUCUUCCAAUCAGCAGAACAAGAGUUCCUCGCAAUCUCGGGUUCUUAAUACCUAUUCUGCUCGUGGAAUCCACGAACAACCCCAGUCUUCGAACGGGGAACCACAUUCCUCUCUUUCUUCAAAGGGGUAUGUACAAGUCAAAAGAACCCAAUUACAACCAAACAAUCAAAAUCAGUCGGCUCAUGAGGGUACUCAACCCCAAUCACAAUCGGAAGUUGUGCUUGAUUCAUCAGGACCGGCUCAGCGUCAUCAGGAUUUUCCGCAGUCCGGGUCAAAAUCUACCACAGAGUCAUCAUCCCAUCAAACUACAGCUUCUCGUCACCCAGAAACAUCGCAGCCCAUGCAGCCCACUCAAGAUUCUAUGGCAGGCCUUUCUUCUCUCGGUCCCUCCGUGGGCUCACAGAUCUCUCCUCUCGCGCGAUUCAUGCCAGCAGCAAACGACGACUCCUCUCCAUCCAAAGCGCCCGGAGAACCAUCGGCUGGGCCCACGGAUUCCAGCCAAGCUUCACUCUUGACCCAAAGUGCUGAGCUGAUUACUCGCCGUCUGGGCUAUAUCAACAACCCGGUGCAAUUUGUCGAAGCGCACGGGUUCUACGAAAGAUUCCGGACCCAAUACCUUCCACACUAUCCAGGAGACUUCGCUCAUUUUGUAGAACUUUGCUCAAAACUACAAGCCACCAGGUCCCGGGGCCAGUUGCAACGGUCAUUUCUCUGGGAUGAUUUUAUUAUCAUGCACCUCGCCCAGUUUCCACUUCACGUCGAACAGUACUCGUCCCAGGAGACUAACCCAUUGAACUACGAGGAAUACUUCUUAUUGCACCACUCCCAACCUAUCCACAAGAAGCGUUGUUUGACACUUCCUGCCAUCGAUAUCGCUGCAUCCCAAGCCCCCCCAGCCGAGAUGGCCUCCCAGGUUAUCAGCGACCACCAGUCUCCCCCAGAUCCGCCGGCCAUCCAAAACGAGAAUCUGGGGCAAUCUUUCACUGCGAGCCUAGUCAACCAGUUCUCAAAGUUCAAUGCGCAUUCUUUCAGCGACAUUUCGCCAAGUGGACUUCCGUCGGUGGAUAUCGGUACUAGAUUUAUGGAACAACCCUCGCGUGAGCCAUCUGUUGACAUCAAGAUGGAGCAUUCUGAAGAACCAUCUGAAUGGGUUGAUACGCAGGCAUUUCCGUUGAGCAGCUACGAGAACACAGGGGCCCACACUAUCGUGAAGCACGAUCCAGAUACUGAAAAUCAUUUAUCACUGGGUUCGUGUAUCGCCAACACGCAAGAGACAAACGAUAUUGUCAUGGAAGAUACUAGGGAAAUACCAUCCGUUGAAGAAAUUGAGGAGGAGCAAGCAGAAGAAAUGGAAUACGAUGAGAAGGAGGAAGAGAAAUCCGACAAUGAAGAGGCUGACGAUGAGGGGGAAGCCGAGGUUGACGACCCCCAUCACGAAACAGGCAGUGUCGAAUUAGGCGAUGAAACAUUCACUUCGAAGCCCGAGGCGUCUACAAACGGACAUGCCGAGGCCGAUAUAGCCUCCGAAGCGGAGAGCGACGAGGAAAAUUGGUUCUUAGCACUCCGGCGUUCAAGAAUUCCCGUACCAAACUGGUCCGACGACCCGGACACGCCAUUCAAGCGUUGGGCCGAAGCAGAUCAGAAUAUCCUAAGCGAACGACGACGGCGCGGAGGAACUAAAAUCCUCCUUGAUGCGAAAGGGGUAAUUCGACGGCCUAUACACCGUUGA